GGGUAGAAUGCAAGUUUAUUGUCUCUCUUUUGAAUCUGUGGAAAGACACUGGUCAGGAGAGGAGUGACCCUUGGGUGGGAAAGACCUGUGAAGGCGAGUGGUUGGGUCUUGAACUUCUUGUAUAUUCAUCAUGCCACUUCAUGCAUCUUUUGUUCAUCUCUGCUGUCUUGUAAACAGUGGUAACUGCAUGAAAAUUCUGAUUCAGGGAAAACUUGGUCAUGAGAAAAGAAAAAAAAAAGUAAAAAUCUGAACUUUGAAGAGUCUUGGCAUAGAUAUCUUUUCCAAGAUUAACUUUAUGAAUGUCUGAUUUUUACAAAUAGUAAGAUUUGAACUGCCUCAGAUUGCUGACUAUCGUUCUGACUACAGGUCUUUUGUGAAAGUGGUCUUUUCCACAGGAAGGACUCAUUUUAAGAUGCUGCACAGCAAGCUCAAUUUUCUUUGACCAUCCCAUAUAAUAUUUUCUACUGUUUAGGAAACAAUUCUGAAUUGCAUUUAUGUUUCGGAAGAACACUGUCAUGCUUUUGCAAGCUGCAGCUUGAGCAUGGGCAUAUACAUACAGAGAAAAAUUUGCAUGUGGGGGAAAAUUCAGCUAUGGAAAAGUGUCAUUUCAUAGCAAAAGCAAUAAUGUGUCAGCUAUUAAAUGGCAUUUUGAAAAGUUUAUACCAAUUUAGCUUUCAGGCUCCACAAAUACCGUUGCACAUUUGGAAUUGCAGGAGAUAAAAGUGUUUGUUAUAUUCUCCUAGGGAUCUUGCUGGUCACUACUAAUACAGUACCUUUUCCAUUUCUUACUUGGAAAUUCACAGCCUUGUUAGCAUGUUUGCAUGCUGCCAUUGAAAGAGAUUUAUGCCCUGAGUUAAUAUCUGUAGAAUACUCCAGUGCAGUUGUGUAAAAAUCUUGUUUUUACAAGACUUGCCACUUCGGAAAGAAAGCAGCUGGCAUUACAUUUCUGAAGGUGAAAUUGUAGACUAGGUUCUACCAGCUGUUUUUUCAGGCAUGCAGUUGUAUCCCUGCUGCAGUCCUGGUGCACACAGUAGUUGGCUUCAGCUCAAGAUUCUCUUGCAGUGGAGGAGGCAGUUAUUGUCAGAGAACAGGUAGUUUCAAAGUCCUGUGUAAAGCAAGGUGUUUGAAUUAUUUGUAAUAUAUACAUAUGUGGUAAGGAAAAAAAGAUGGGAAAACCUGUUACUACGAGUAGGGAAGAAUAACCUUGGGCAAGGUCAAAAUGAGGAGACUGGAGUGGUGUCUUUGGAUAAAACAGCCUUGGCUAACUUUGUGCUUCACAUUCUGUAAGUCAAAUAGUGAUGAAAAGAAAAAUGUCCUUUAGGCAGAAGUACUUUUGAAUUUGUUGGUUUUUCUUUUUUUUUGUUGCUCUGAGAUAGCUGUUGGUGUUUUAUAAGUACACUUAACUUGUAGAUAGGAGUAUUGUAACUCUAUCUUAAUUGCUUAUUCUUAGUUUUUGUUCUUCUCACUAUCAGCAACUGUGUUACCAGGUAUGUAAUAUAAGACUGUGAAAGUUUAGGUUGUACUUUAUUCAACCUUGUGCUGUUGCCUUUUGGACCUCUCAUCUUUUUGUUCCCCAAUUUUAAGAAAUCUGGCCAGCUUUUCUUUAAUGUAACUGCUAAUACUACUCUUGUGGACCACUUAUGUGUUCUCUGUUAUGAUUUAAAGCUUUCAUGUGAUGUGUGCUGUGUUAGGCAAGCAAAGGUCAGACUGCCAUACUUACUGAAGGAUCUGGAAGAGAGCACAAUGCUCCAGACUUCUGAGACACCUCUAACCAAAGGCCUUCUAUGACAGAAACACAGCUAGGCUGCAGUUUAUUUGACAGUGUUGUUGCUGCGUGGCUGUACUAUUUCAGUCUCGUUUUUGGCCAGGAGAUUUCUUACCAGCUUCUGUUUUGCAGAGAAACUGACUUACCAUGUUACAUAGUCCUCUUUCAUUGGUCCCAGUGCUUCCUGGCAUUAGAGAUUGACAGCAAUGUCUCUGACCAAUAGAAUACUGACCUCUCUCUCUAGUGGCUUGAACUUGGAUUUCAAAUUCCAUGCUGCAAAGCUGAAGCAUGAUAGGGACACGGAUGUGUGUGGAAUCAGUGUGCUGAAGGUCUUAUGAAAUGGGUUCAGUUAACAUGAUUUUUCACAAACUGUUCUAUAUCUGCAGCCAUUUUAUUUAGUCUGUGCAGCAGUUCCUCAUCUCUUAAUAGGGUGUGAUAGGUGUACAGCUGGUGGUUACCAUGGUAAUGGCUAGUGUCAUACAGAAGAUCAUACCUCACUAUUCUCUUGCUCGUUGGCUUCUCUGUAGUGGCAGUUUACGGUGGUAUCAACAUCCCACUGAAGAAGAACUACGGAUUCUUGCAGGGAAGCAAAGAGGGAAGAGCAAAAAAGACAGAAAAUAUAAUGGUCAUAUUGAAAACAAGCCCUUAACCAUUCCAAAAGAUAUUGAUCUUCAUCUGGAAACAAAAUCGGUGACAGAAAGGGACACUAUUGCUCUGCAUUAUUUUCCGGAGUAUCAGUGGUUGGUGGAUUUCACUGUUGCAGCUACAGUUGUGUAUGUGGUGACAGAAGCCUAUUACAGCAUUGUGAAGCCCUCACAGGAAAUGAAUAUCAGCGUAGUGUGGUGUCUGCUUGUCUUGGCUUUUGCAGUUAAGGUACUGUUUUCAUUGACUACCCAUUAUUUCAAAGUUGAGGAUGGAGGCGAAAGAUCAGUCUGUGUCACCUUUGGUUUUUUCUUCUUUGUGAAAGCGAUGGCAAUUCUCAUUGUGACAGAAAACUACCUAGAGUUUGGACUGGAAUCAGGUUUCUCAAAUUUCUCUGAAAGUGCUAUGCAGUUUCUUGAAAAACAAGGUUUGGAAUCCCAGGGUCCUGUGUCUAAACUAACCUUCAAAUUGUUCCUGGCUGUUCUGUGUUCACUUAUUGGUGCUUUUUUGACAUUCCCUGGCUUGCGACUGGCUCAAAUGCAUCUGGAUGCUCUGAAUUUAGCAACAGAAAAAAUAACACAAACAUUGCUACACAUAAACUUCUUGGCACCUUUAUUUAUGGUUCUACUGUGGGUAAAACCAAUCACUAAGGACUACAUUAUGAACCCACCUUUGGGCAAAGAGAACAUUCCUUUAAUGUCAGAAGAUACAUUUGACACUGUCAGGUUGUGGAUUAUAAUCCUGCUGUGUGCUUUACGGUUGGCUAUGAUGCGCCAUCAUUUGCAGGCCUACCUGAAUUUAGCCCAGAAAAGUGUGGAUCAGAUGAAAAAGGAAGCUGGCAGAAUAAGUAUGGUUGAUUUACAGAAAAUGGUGGCUCGGGUAUUCUAUUAUCUUUGUGUAAUUGCACUGCAGUAUGUUGCGCCAUUGGUAAUGCUCCUUCACACAACUCUACUCUUGAAAACACUAGGUAAUUAUUCUUGGGGCAUCUAUUCAGAACUGAAUUCUGACACUCCAGUAGAAAAGAGUCUGCUUCCCAGUUCUGUUUCUUCUGAGUCUCCACCUGCUGAUGGAAAGAUGAAAGUAACAGUAGUACAAAUAACCAUGGCUUUGGGAAGUCUAAAGAAUAUUUUCACUCCUCUCCUGUUCCGGGGACUCCUGUCUUUCCUCACCUGGUGGAUUGCUGCUUGCCUUUUUUCUACAAGCCUUUUUGGGCUCUUCUAUCACCAGUACCUGACUGUGGCAUGAACAAGUCAACUGACAAAGCAAGUGUGAGGUCAAUACAAACCCAGAUACCCAAGAGGAGAUGAAGAGAAAAUUAUAUAUGAAGAGAAAACAUAUCAUAAUUAUUUUUAAGCACUUCCUCUGUGUUCUCAGGGUGAAUAAUCUUAAAAUGUUUAAAAUCA